GCGAUGCGCGAGACGUCAAGAUUUUCUUAUUUGCGUGCUGUGAAUGGAAGGGUGAUCAUCCCCCGCAAUUAUCCAGCAGCCCAUCGUGUCCCGGGGCUCGAAGACAGUGCAGAAAGUGAAAAGAAAUGGGGUUCAGUCGCUUGAGUGCGUUCAAUUUCGCGCUGUGCACGUCACUGUGGGUGCUGUGCUGCCAUGGCUUCACGGAAAGGCAGGGCUUCGCCCUGGAGAACGAGAAAUUCCUCGCGGAACCACACUACCACACCACCAGCGAGCUGGAGGACCUGUUCGCGCGACUGCAGAAGGAGUUCCCCACGAUGGCGAGGGUGCACUCGAUCGGGAAAUCCGCCCGCGGUCGAGAGCUCACUGUGCUCGAGAUUAACAAGAACGUACGCAAGAGAUCACUGCUGACACCGAUGUUUAAGUAUGUCGCCAACAUGCACGGAGACGAGACCGUCGGACGACAGCUGCUAAUCUACUUGGCCGAGUACUUGCUCACCAACUACGGCCUCGUGCCGGAAGUGACGCAGCUCGUGGACAGCACGGACAUCUUUCUCAUGCCCUCGCUCAAUCCUGACGGCUUCGAGUUUUCCAAGGAGGGAAGCUGCGAAUCGCCGCAGAACUACGCGGGACGCUACAAUGCCGCAGGUGUGGAUCUCAAUCGAGACUUCCCGGACAGAUUCGACUCGUCACUCAUGAGGCACUUUCGGGCGAUGACACGCCAGCCAGAAACGGUGGCGAUGAUGACCUGGAUCCUCAACUCACCCUUCGUCCUGUCGGCCAAUUUGCACGGUGGCGCGGUGGUGGCGAGCUAUCCUUAUGACAACUCCAUCAAUCAACACGAGUGCUGUUCUGAGAGUUUGACACCUGAUGAUGGGGUCUUCAAGCUACUGGCGCACACUUAUGCGUCCAAUCAUCCCGUGAUGAAGACUGGUCUGGAUUGCAAUGAAACUUUCCCGGGCGGCGUGACGAAUGGUGCGUUCUGGUACGAACUGAAUGGUGGCAUGCAGGACUUUAACUACGUCUUCUCCAACUGCUUUGAUGUCACGCUGGAGCUGUCCUGCUGCAAGUUCCCGAAGGCCAACAAAUUGGCCGGCGAGUGGGCGAAGAACAAGCGCAGUCUGCUGGAGUACAUGAAGCUCGUGCAUAUGGGUGUCAAGGGCAUCGUGAAAGACACCAACGGGUAUCCGAUCAAGAAUGCUGAGAUUAUCGUCGAGGGAAUGAAGCCCAUCAAGACGACCGAGCGCGGAGAAUAUUGGCGUCUGUUGAAACCGGGCGCGUAUGGAGUUCAAGCUGUGGCUUUUGGCUAUGAACCCAGUGCCGUGCAGGAAGUUCUUGUUACCAAUGCCAGUGCUGCGAGAGUUGAUUUUAAUUUGAAACCAUCUGAUAAUGUUGAAGGUUCUUAUCGUCAUUUGGUGACAAUUAGAGAGAAGCCUAGCAAAGAUGGUUUUCUACUGGACGCUGAGUUCAGGCAUCAUGGUUAUCAAGACAUGACGGCGGUUCUGCAAGAGCUCAAUAGCACAUAUCCAAACAUCACGAAUCUUUACAGCAUUGGAAAGACUGUGGAAGGACGAGAAUUGUGGGUACUGGAAAUCACUCAACAUCCAGGAAUUCAUACGCCGGGAAUUCCAGAGUUCAAGUACAUUGCAAAUAUGCAUGGAAAUGAGGUUGUUGGGCGCGAACUGUUGCUAUUGCUGGCGCAAUAUCUGUGCGAGAACUACGGCAGCAGCGAGAGGAUCACGAAGAUGAUUGAUGGCACGAGAAUUCAUCUGAUGCCUAGCAUGAAUCCGGAUGGAUAUGAGAUUGCCAGGGACAAUAAUUGGAUGAAGCAUGGCCGAGAGAAUGCUCACGACGUGGAUCUGAACCGGAACUUUCCGGAUCAGUAUGGAACGAAUAAGUUGAAUACGAAGCAAGAGCCAGAAACGGCCGCUGUGAUGAAAUGGUCACUUUCCACGCCUUUCGUUCUCUCAGCAAAUCUCCACGGAGGCUCACUGGUGGCCAAUUAUCCCUAUGACGACACUCCGAAGGACUUUGUGGCCGGCAGCGACAGGAGAACGCAGCAGAAUCCCACGGAGGAGAACGAGCUGUUCAAGUAUCUCGCCCGGACAUAUUCCAAUGCGCACACGACAAUGCACAACGCCCAGUCGUGCAUCGACUUUCUGUCUGAACACUUCCCGGAGGGCAUAACGAAUGGCGCGGCGUGGUACAGUGUGACCGGCGGCAUGCAGGAUUGGUCGUACUUGAAAGGUGGCGCCAUGGAGUUGACCCUGGAGGUGAGCUGCAAGAAAUUCCCACCCAGCGCGGAACUGCAGAGCUUCUGGGAGCAGAAUAGAGAGGCAUUGCUCACGUAUAUCGAGCAGGUUCAUAUUGGCAUUCACGGAUUUAUUCGCAGCAGCAUUGGGCAUCCGGUGGCCGGCGCCCGGAUCUACGUGAACAGGAUCCAGCACAACACGCUGAGCGCCAAGGAUGGCGAUUACUGGCGCCUGCUGCUACCCGGACGGUACAAUAUCACAAUUGAGGCGGACGGAUUUGAGGCGAUAGUCGAGGAGGUUGAAGUUCCUUUGAAUGGUUCGGCGCGGAAGGACUUUGUGCUGAUGCGAGAUGAUCCUCAGCACUGGUCAUCGGCGUAUGACUAUCGGAUAAUUGAGAAUGUGGUGAAGACGAGGUAUCACGCCGAUGCGGAGAUUAACGAUGAGUUUCAGAAGCUCGAGGCGGCCAAUUUCAAGAUUGCCAGCCUCGAUGCUGGAGACAAUGAGGUCAGCAUGCAGUACCACACGCUCAAAGUGACGGGCGACAUUGGAUCACCGGAGGAGAAGAAGCUCCACAUCCUCAUCUUGUCGUCUCUAUUCAACUCAGCGCCUAUCGGACGGGAAAUGGUGCUGAAUUUGGCCAGACAUGUGGUCGGAGGAUAUGCCAUUGGUGAGCCACUGAUUGAGAGGCUGAUGAACAACACAGUUCUGCAUUUUGUGCCCAUCAUGGAGCAUUUCAGCGAUGUCUACAAUCAGUUCUACAAUGACGCUGCAAUCUGUGAUCCAACUCUGAAGGAGGAGUUGGCGGACAAGCUGUUGAGUCCUGAGACGGACAAGAAGCGUGACAUGCUGAUAAAGAUGCUGCAGGAUGAAAAAUUCGAUUUGGCAGUGACUUUCACGUCAGGCGGAAGCGAGUUAUAUUACCCCAGAAUGAAAGAUCAGUUGCCAAUUUACGCUCAAAUGGCACAACGAGUGGACACAGUCAGCAGAAAGGUGGUAAAUGUUGGGUGCUCUUCAACAGCAGCCCGGAAACAUCAACUGGAAGUGUCUGAGAGACUGACAAAUCUCCUUUACAAUUACUACGACGUGCCCUUGAUGACACUCCAAGUUUCCUGCUGCAAAAUGCCAGAGAACAUUGCCAGCGUGUGGAGGAAUAAUCUGGAGCGCAUGGUGAAUUUCCUCCAUCUCACAGACACUGGUGUGAUGGGAUAUGUGAAGGACAUCGAAGGCAAAGAGCUCAGGGAAGCAAUGGUGAAAGUGCAAGGAAUGGAUCUGACGCACAAAGUCACGGCGAAUCUUGCCUUCUUCCGUCUCAUUCUGCCUCCCGGAGAUUACAAACUGGAAAUCUAUUGCGAGGCUCACGGCAAAACCACAAUUCCAGUGACUGUUCGCAAUGAUGUGCUGAAUCUGGGCGACAUCAAGCUUAAUGUCGCGGACAAGAGUCAGCAGAAUGAGGAGAAAUCUGGAGAGAUUUCGGGAUUCAUCCUCGAUGCCCUUAAUCAUCCCAUCUCAAAUGCCAAAGUGACUGUGAACACUCUACAUUCCUUCACGGACUCUGUGGGCGGAUAUAAGAUCCUAGGUGCUCCUGUUGGUGAUGUCAAGGUGACUGUGGACGCUCCUGGACACUUGAGGGACUCUCGAGUGGUGCACGUGCAAGCAUUCCACCCCACGAAGAAUGUCAUCUUCAGGCUGGACAAGGAUGAGCGUGUCCUCGGGAUGCCGAGGAUGGUGUUCAUCCUGUUGGCGGGAUCUCUGUGCGUUGCAGCGGUUGCUUGCGGGGCUUUCUGCAUCACAGCGUGGCAGAAUAGGCGAAACAACUACCAGAACUACUCUUUCUCCCUCUUGCGGACCAACAAUUCGAAAAAGCUCUUCGAGGACGACGAUGAGGAUAAUGACGAAACGGAGCUCUUCAGAUCCCCGAUCAAGAAAGGCGUGAAGAUGCAGCCGUACUACGAUGAUGAGAGAGACCCGAUCACAGACACAGAUGAUGGAAGCGAGGAUGAGAUUGUGAUGCUGAACACAGCUAGUGAGUACCGUGACUGAUCAUGAUCGACGAUGCGCACCCUUGAAUCUUAAUUUAUUGCGGAACGAGGAGAAGUUGAGCGGCGCUGUAAUUUAAUUCGUACCACGUAAGCUAGGAAAAUAUUCCCUCUUUAUCACUAUAGGUCUGACCACGAGUUUGUGAUUUUUUCAAAUGUAAUAUUUUAUGUUAUUAAUUUAAUACGUAGUAUUUUAACUAUAGUUGCUAUUUGUCAAUUGUUGUCUAUACUGAAGAUUUUUUUAUACCGUAAAUGAGAGAGAAUUUAUUUGUUAACAAUUUGGGUAGUGCUUAAGAGUGUACUUAAGGAUAUUUUCCAGUUAACAUUGUGCAAGAAGAGAAAGUUACACAUUGACAGUUUAUUGGGUAGAUGAGUGAGAGAGCAAAGGAGAAGCGUUGUAGGCCAAUGGCAAUUAGUGCGUGGUUAAUGAGUUUGCGAAGGAACCAAAACAGAGCAGAGACAAAUUAUGAUUUUUCCUGGGACAAAAUGCUGUCGUCUGUGAUGUAAAUUGUGCAAAA